AAUUACCAGGAGAUCAAAACAAAGGGAAAGAGAAGCGAAACGGUUCUGUGCCAUGGAGAUUAAGGUUCAAUCUAAUUCCAAACACCCAGAUAUAUCAAAACAUCCCCUCUUGCAAGACAAGGAUGAAACAGAAGAGAAAACACUGAUACAAAAAGCCAUUAGCCAAACAUUUCAGAGCACAGCUCAUUUGGCCAGUCUUUUACCAACUGGAUCAGUCCUUACUUUCCAACUUCUAUCACCCAUUUUCACAAAUCAAGGUAGCUGUGACUCGAUCAGCAAGUUCAUGACUUCUGCACUUGUGACCCUUUGUGGCGUCUCAUGUUUCCUGCUAAGCUUCACUGACAGCUUCAGGAACAAAAAGGGAGAAAUCUGUUAUGGGUUUGCCACCAUCAAGGGCUUGUGGGUCAUUGAUGGUUCAGCCACCCUUUCACCCGAACUCGCUGCAAAUUAUCGGCUAAGAUUCAUAGAUUUCAUGCACGCUUUCAUGUCAGUACUUGUAUUCAUAGCAGUUGCACUCUUUGAUAAGAAUGUGUUAAGUUGCUUCUUCCCAAUGCCAUCAGAUGAGAUCCAAGAGAUUCUUACAAGAUUGCCUGUCGGAAUUGGUGUCAUUUGCAGUAUGUUCUUUGUUGUUUUUCCGACCAAGCGCCAUGGAAUUGGCUUCCCUCUCUCUGCAAAUUAAAAAAGUCUCUUUUUAUGUUUGCGUGCAAUAUACCAACCUCCAUGCCUUUUACAUGUUUACAAAAUCAGUGGGAUCAUCUGGUUGCAGGCACUAUUACAUUAUUCUCUCUUUAAAGUUUAAAUUCACAUGAUGAUUCUCUGCAAUUUGACCAUUAUCUUAGUUAGAAAUUGCCUGCUCAUGCUUGUCAAAUGACUCAAAUUACAGGAAUUGAUAUACUUACAAUUUGUGACAAAAGUGUUGG